AUGAAGAAAGUUCUGACUAUUCCAUCAGAAUGUAUUUAUCCAACACAAGAUAAUGUUGAGGGAAAUCUGGUGCUAUCCAAGGGAGAUUAUAUUAUCAAGUCAGAUGAUACAAAGUACAUGGCAAUAGAGCUUCUUGGUGUAGGCACCUUCGGACAAGUCUUCAGAUGUGUUAGCAAUGAAGGUGAUGAAGUGGCAAUAAAAGUGGUUAAAUCUAUUAACCGGUACUUUCAGUACGAAAUGAACGAAGUUCGAAUUCUCAAGCAGUUGAAAGAGCAUGGACUAACCGAGCACUUUGUGGAACUAUUUGAUGCUUUUAUAUACAAGCAGCAUCUCUGCAUCGUUAUUGAGCUUCUGGGCAAGAAUAUGUACGACCUAACGAAGAUUUUUAGAUUUACAGGCGUCAGCUAUAACUUCUUAAGAACCUUGCUUAGGCAGAUACUGGAAGGGCUGCAUGAGCUUCAUAACUUAGGAAUUAUCCACUGCGAUUUAAAGCCCGAAAACAUACUUUUGGCUGACUACUUUACAUAUAAGGUUAAGAUAAUUGACUUUGGGUCCUCAACCACAAGAACUCUUUCUUCCAGUUUCUACGUUCAAUCUAGAUUUUACAGAGCACCUGAGGUCAUACUUGGCAUCCCAUAUAGCAGUUCGGUGGAUAUGUGGUCUUUUGGAUGCUUGGCUUUUGAGUUGUUCACUGGCAAGCCACUAUUUCCAGGGAAAGAUAAUAAAGAUCAAAUAAUGAAAAUUCACGACUUUUAUCCAAAUGGAUUGCCUUUAUUUAUGUUGGAGCAUGGUAGUAAUACCAGUCUAUACUUCAAUGCUGAAAACGGAUAUAAAUCAGAGCCUAACUCUGAUAAGUUUACUGCUCAGCACAUGAUUGAUAAAAUAUACUCCAAAUACGGUACAAAAGAAGAGCAUGAAAUGUUCGUAGAUCUGUUGAUGAGGGUGCUCAAUCCGUCAUAUUUGGAAAGGUUGCCUCCACAUUCGCUUUUGAAACACGAAUUUUUCAACAUUCCCACACAGUUACCUGGCGCAGACAUUGUCAGGUACGGCGCUAGACCAACACCAAGAGAAGAUCCAAGGAUGAGGAAAAUGUCGCUAUACGACUUUAGAUCCUAUGAUAUGGAUGAUGAUAGCUUUACAAAUAAAAGAAAAGGGUCUUUGUUUGAUCCUGAUCAUGAAAAUAGAUAUAAUAGGCAAUUUUAG